AUGAUCACCAAGUUCCUCUCCAAUGUAGUGGCUAGCUUCAACCCAUUCUCAAAGCAUUCAAAAAGCACCAGGAUCUUCCUCUCAAUGCUGCCGCCUGAUGCCAGGACCACGAUGAAAAUUCAAACCAAACUCUUGCCUCGAACCUCGGAGGAUCUCCCCAAGAUUGCAGUAACAUUCAAGGACGGCAAGGUCAUGGAAUUAGAGGCCUCAAAACUGUCAAUCAAGGACCUAGUUGAGGAACUCGAUAGACAUUCACGAAUACUAAGGAAGAAAGAAGAGCUUGGUGGCAAUUGA